AUCACACUUCAUGGUUACAUAGGAUCAUAGAGUCUGGUAGCAAACCUGAUGAUUGGUUGACAUAUAUCAGUUAUGCAGAACAGAGACCACAUUAUUCAGAUCAACACAGUAGAUAUCGAUACUUGUUUAAUAUGUAUAAUGCAGCUUUACAGCAUAUAUCAUUGGAUGAAAAUAAAAAAAAUAUCACAUAUGCAAAAUUACAUAUUAAGUUUGCUCUUCUACAAGGUGAUGAAGAUGUUGAAGAUGGUCGGAUGCAAUUCCAGUUUGCCAGGGCUAACCUAAGAACCAUUGCAUUAAUACACAUUGCUGCAGCUCAAUAUGAAUUAGACCAUGGUAACCUUGCUAAAAGCAGAAGUAUUUUAAGAAAGGCAAAAGAAGUAGAAGCUGAACCUAGGGAUCUGUUGAAUAAAGCAAUGCAGAAAUUGCUCACUGGUGACAAAGAGCUUUAUAGUCUUGAACAGUGUGGCAUCAAACAAGGUAUCUAA